GCCGGAGGCCGUGGACCCGAGGAGGAGUGCGGGUGCGGCCGAGGAGGCCCGGCAUCCACCCGAGAUGGCUGGGUCCGAGCCCGCGGGCAGCGACGCAGUGAAGGAGGGAUCCGUGACAUUCAAAGAUGUGACUAUGGCCUUUACUCAGAAGGAAUGGGAGCAACUGGGUCCUGCUCAGAGGAACCUGUACAAGGAUGUGAUGCUGGAAAACUACAGCAACCGAGACUCAAUGGGGUGUCAAGCUCCCAAACCAGAUGUUAUCUCCAAGUUGGAAAAAAGAGAAGAGCCCUGGCUGGAGGAGGGGAAAAGACCCAGUCAAAGUCAUCUGAGUAAAAUAGCAAGACCCAGGCAAAUGGGAACUAGUGAAAAAGAAGCUGAGCAAGAUGAUGACCAGCCAGAGAAUAACCAGAUGUGUCAAAACAAACCUAUCAGGGAAGUUGCAGUCAAGAAGAAAACUCCAACUAAGAAGAAAGGCGUGGAGUGUGGUUCACAGGAGAGAAAACAUACUGUGAAUGCAAAACACAUUACUUCAAAAAAGAAGCUUGAUUCACAAGAAAAGAAUUUGAAACAGAAUUUAGACUUACCUGCUCAAAUAAAAAACUGUGCAAAAAAGACACCUGAUAUAGCUAAAGAACAUGGGAAAUCAUUGAGUCAUAGCUUAUCUGAUAGAAAGAAAGACAAAAAUCAAGCUGGAAAGAAAUGUAAGAAAUUAUCCAACCAAAAUUUAUCUGAUAGGUGUGACAAAACACAAACCAGCAAGAAACAUGAGAAAUUAUGCCAUCAUAAUGAAUCCCCUACUAAGCAAGACAAAAUUCAAACUGGAAAGAAACGUGAGAAAUCAGUCAGCCAUAGCUCAUGUACUAAGCCUGACAAAACUCAAGCUUGUGUGAAACCCUAUGAAUGUAAUCAAUGUGGAAAGGUUCUCAGCCAUAAACAAGGACUCAUUGACCAUCAGAGAGUUCAUACUGGAGAGAAGCCUUAUGAAUGUAGUGAAUGUGGGAUAGCCUUUAGCCAAAAGUCCCACCUUGUGGUUCAUCAGAGAACUCACACUGGAGAAAAACCAUAUGAAUGUAUUCAGUGUGGCAAAGCCCAUGGUCAUAAACAUGCCCUCACUGACCAUCUGAGGAUUCAUACUGGGGAAAAGCCCUAUGAAUGUACUGAAUGUGGGAAAGCCUUCAGACACAGCUCAAACCUUAUUCAACAUGUGAGAACUCAUACAGGUGAGAAGCCUUAUGAAUGCAAAGAGUGUGGAAAAUCCUUCAGGUAUAACUCAUCUCUUACUGAACAUGUGAGAACUCAUACAGGUGAAAUACCAUAUGAAUGUAAUGAAUGUGGCAAAGCUUUUAAAUAUAGCUCAUCCCUGACUAAGCAUAUGCGAAUUCAUACUGGUGAGAAACCUUUUGAGUGUAAUGAAUGUGGGAAAACUUUCAGCGAGUCACACCUCAUUAUACAUCAAAGAACUCACACAAAGGAGAAACCUUAUAAAUGUAAUGAAUGUGGAAAAGCCUUUGGACAUAGCUCAUCUCUUACUUAUCAUAUGAGAACUCACACAGGUGAAAGUCCCUUUGAAUGUAACCAAUGUGGGAAGGCCUUUAAACAAAUUGAAGGCCUUACUCAACAUCAGAGAGUUCAUAGUGGGGAGAAGCCCUAUGAGUGUAAUGACUGUGGGAAAGCCUUUAGCCAAAAGGCACACCUCAUUGUACAUCAGAGAACUCAUACCGGGGAGAAACCCUAUGAAUGUAAUGAAUGUGGGAAAGCCUUCAAUGCAAAGUCACAACUUGUUAUUCAUCAGAGAUCCCAUACUGGAGAGGAACCAUAUGAAUGUAGCAAAUGUGGGAAAUCCUUCAAACAAAACACAUCCCUUACCAAACAUGUGAAAACUCAUUCAGAAGAGGAAUCAUUUGAGUGAAAUUUAAUGCCUGAACUGACGGUUUUAUUUCAAUGUAGAAAUUUCCUGAACUUGAAGAAUGUUAGAAAGCCUCUUGCAAGAAGUCACACCUUGUUAUACAUGAGAGAAGAAAUUAGAGUUUAAACUUGAUAUCAAACCUUUUACAGAAAAUAUUAUUUUUAGAUACAAGUUAUCAG